AUGAACGCCGUCUACCAACUGGAGGCGAUGUGGACUGACCGGCCACACUGCCUAAAUGCUCUUGCCGAUCAUCCCGUCCGUGCUCGGGUUCUAUUCAAUACCUAUCUCCGCGAGGACUGGCAAGUGGUUAGAGAGAUCCAUUGCAUCGUCGCAUCUCGAUUAGCCCUCCGCACACUGGCGGUUGUGACCACCGGCAGGAACCUCGUCACGCCACACCUCGGCACUAUUCCGGACCUUACCGUUGAGACAGAUGGGGUGCGUGUCCUCCGUCGCUUCUCGGGUAGCGAUUCACUGGCCGCCGCUCUUUCCGCGGCGUAUCUUCGUCUGGUUACGGAUGUAUCUGAAGCCACAGAGACCAAUUCGCGUUGGAUCUUGCGCGGUGUGGCUGAAGAGAACUCGCUGUUCGAUUUUGAAAAGAAACUCGCGUACAAGCAAGCGGGCAACCCAACCUCGGUGAAAGAUGAGGCCAUUGCAUGCGGUUCCAGCGUACCCAUUGAACUUAAGAGUCUGUAUGGCUCGACCCAAAGUCUGGACCGUACAGGUGCCAUUCUGAUUAAAAGGCCUCUUUUCUGGACCACAGAGUCGCCAGAUUUCUGCCUCAUGGUGCUGGAUGGCACGUCAUUUACGGAUCCAAUCGAACUUAGCCGCAAGUUAUCACGCGCCUGUGAAGACCAGAAUAUAUACAUUACAGGCCCAGAAAAGGGAAAGCGCGCGCACCCAUUAUCAGAUCGUGAGCAGAUUGGUAUUUUACGCUGGAUAGAGAUACUCUCAGGCCGACUACCAGAUGAUGCCCCAUGGUUCAUUGACUAA